AUGUUCUGUUCAGACGGUAACCGGCGUAACACGCAAGGCGGGCAGCAAGCCGUGUUCGACAAGCGACCGUCUGACGGCGCAACUAGCAGCGAGCCGGCGGAGGGAGCGAAUGUUUCUGCUGCUGGUGGUGCUGGGGAUACUCGGGAUCGACAAGCGGGAGGAGCGAACGGGAAGCAUAGGGAGGAAGGCGCAGUGUUGACGGAGGUCGAGCAGUUGCUGAGACGAGGGACGCCGCUAUCGCUGCGCGAGUUUCAGCGGCUGAACGAGCUGCUGCGUCAGCACGUGGCAGGUGGCGAAGACGAGAGGGCGGCCGGCAAGCACGUGGCGAAGGGGAGUGAGCCUUCGAGCGUGGACGCCGUAUCAGACCCAGCUGACGCCCUCAACCAAGUCUCGCAAGCGCAGCAACGCACAGCUGCAUGA